AUGAAAAGCUGUACAAGCUUCAGGAUACCUGCGCACUCCUCGGGACCGCAGCCGGAUUGGUUCAGACCUGCAUACCCUAACCCAGUUUCUUCAUGGGGCCCGCCGCAGUAUCGUCCCCCAAGACCACCAAUGCUCGGAGAAAGUUACCAUGUGUCUCCUUAUGCUGGCUUUCGGCCGGUUUCCCACGUGCCUCAUGCUUAUCAUUCUGGCUCUCGAUAUUCCCCGAACCAGUCAAUCCAACGCAGUCGCCCUUCGGAAAAGCUAUCACCCAAGCCUACUGAGGAUGUCAAACCAGCAGUCCAAACCCUUCAAAUAUCGAUCUUGAAAAAUCCAGAAAAGGAAACCGAGCAGCAACGCGCCUCAACAGCAGAGAAAAUCCCGGAUGUUGUUGAAACUCCUCCCUCCAAUAAUCCUUCGGGAAUCCUGGUCGCGCAAGGAAAGACUCCCAUGUGCUACAUAAAUGAAUUAGCAAGGUUCAAUAAAAUCCAGCACCAGUAUCACCUGACUGACGAAACCGGUCCUGCGCAUAGCAAGACAUUCACAGUGACUCUCCGGUUGGGUGACAAGGAUGACGCUUCCAACGAUAACGUGGAGGAAUACGUAGCCAAAGGCGCCUCUAUAAAGAAGGCCCAGCACGCGGCGGCGUUGAUGGCCCUGGAGCAAACCAAAUAUAAGAAACCGGAACCCAAGUCUGAGAAGAAGCCAGUCGCCGUGAACCCUUCAGUUGAACUCAACUCGCUCGCCAUGAAACUCGGCGAAACGGUGCAGUUUUCUGUCCUGGCCCCGGGAAGGCCCAUGCCACGGUAUCAACAGUAUCAGCCUACGUCGGUCGUGCUGCACGUGGCCAAGAAGGAGUACAUUGGCCAUGGAGUCACGCCGCAAGCUGCGAAACACAACGCCGCCGGCAAGGCCCUGGUGGACCUACGAGAAGCUUUGCAGAAGUCGCAACAGGUCAAGUCGGAGUCUGCUGUGAACGGCGAGAACGACCAAGUGCUAGAGGAGAAGUUCAAGGAACUCAUGGACAUCAAGUCUCCCAUUUCCAUGUUGCACGAGUCCGCGGUGAAGAGUAAUUUCAACGUUGAGUUUUCCGUUAUUGCCGAAUCGGGUCCGCCGCAUUUGCGGAAAUUCGUCACGCGAUGUACCGUGUCGGCAACUGGACCAAACGAUGACGCGAAGCUUGGCGCGUUGGCUGAGCCGCUGUUCGUGGAAGCAGAAGGCAGUGGGAAGAAGGCGGCCAAAAAAGAAGCAGCUGAGAAAAUGCUGAAGGAGCUCAUUCGGGUAAACACGGAGAUCAUCAAGUCGGCGGAAACGGAAUGUGCGUUGAAGGCUAAGCAGCAAGGCAAACCGAAGCCCGCCAAGAAGAAGAAGCUAAACAUCAUCAAGCAAUCGAAGAAGGAAAAGGAGCCCGUGUACACGUUUCUUUACGAGAAAGGAAUGCCGAGGAAGCGGGAAUUCACGAUGCAAGUCACUUGCGGUGAGCACACGUGCAAGGGAGUGGGCAACAAUAAGAAAAUGGCGAAACGCGCCGCUGCUGAAGCGCUACUGAUUGCUAUGGGAUACGUGAAACCGACGCCGCAACCAGACAAGCCGGCCAUCAAAAAGACUCGAGAAGAGGAGGAAGAAAGAGCCCAGCGGAGCCGGAAAGUGACGUUCGACCCGAAGACGAAAGCACCGAAUGAAGACCAGCCGCGUCGAAUCCCGCCGAAAACCCGAACCGUCGAGCCGAAUCUGCUUUACAUCACAUCGGACACGGCCAAAGAGAAGCGGUCCAAGACGGAGCUGUCGUACUUGGCUGACGUCAUCAAGUUUGCAUUCACCUUCACCGACUUCCCGCAAAAGACGGGCGAGACGGACGGCUUCGUGUCCAUCCUCAACCUGCCGUCGUGGAACUCUGUGGACGGAUCCAAGGGCAUGUUUCACGGGACCGGCGCCACGCUGGAGGACGCCCACGAGCACGCGGCUCAACAGGCGUUGGCGGCGCUUGAGAAAUUUGGCCUGGCUGCCAUCUGCUCAAAGGGCUCGUCUGUUCGCAUGCCGCAGGAAUUCCAUGUUUUGCGUUGCGCGACUUGUGCGGCGUUUCAGGUGCAGCAGGUGAAAAAAGUGAACAGGUGGGAAUGUAGACUUUGUGGUGCGAAGCAGUCUGUUAUCAAGGAAUAUGGUCGGGGGUCGGCGAGCGAUUGUCGCGUUCAUUCACAAAAGCUGAACGCUGAGCGAGGCAGAGUCGAAGCGCAAGAGCGGGAAUUGAAGCGCUUGUCUGAGUCGGAGAUCGAGCCUCAAAAUGUGGUGCAGGAAACACCGCCUAGGGGUGUGUCGAAAUGGGCGAAAUAUCUUUCUGAACAAGCGGAUGAAUGCCUGCAGCCGACUGUGUGGUCUGCAAAUUCAUCAGCGACUGAAAUCCCUGCUAAAAUCUGCGGAAAUCCUGGAAUCGACGCGAAUAAUCCGCGUGUCGGUGGCAAGAACAUCACGCGAGUGACGAUACAGAAUUCUCCGCCGUCGACUGAAUGUCGCAGUCGAAGACCAGGGACAUUUUGGGAUUGUGCUAAUCAGGGUUAUGGGUUUAGUGGUGGUAAUGAUGAGGUGGUUGCUGUGAAUCAGCCCACGACGUGGUCAACCGCGUCUAGGGCUUCGGAAGCUCAACAUUUGCUCAAUAAUGCCUCUGAAACUCGCUCAUUUAAGACGAAUGUCGUCAGCAAUGAAUCAGACUAUAUGAACAGCAAGUUCAAGACUGCUGAAGUUGUUGGAAGUGGUGAAACCGAAGAUGCCUGUGGAAAUGUGGUUGUGCACGAUCUUUCAUCCCUUUGUGGCGAAGAUGAUGAACUGGAAAGCUUAUUUUGAUGAAGUUUGUUUGCUGAUCUGACCAUCUUUGGUUUGCGUGCCAUGAAAAGAAGAAUGGCUGGCAGGCAGUGAUUCCGAGAUUUUUUUUCCUGCCGAAAUUGAAAAACGUUAAAGCUUUUUUUUUUUCACGACGAGCUCGAGUCUAAAAAUCAAGAA